AUGUCUAAAGUAAACAACGGCAGUUCUGCAAAUCAAAAUGGCUCCAACAUCGAGGAAAUGAGAUUUACCAUUGUCACGAAUAAUGUUCCGACAACUCCCCCACUAGAAACUAGUGAUCAAGAUCCAGAGUCACCCACAUCUCUUCUGCAAUACCCCCAUGGCACCAAUAGAGCAAUCCUACAGAGGAAUUUGUACACACGUUCUUAUUCAGCUCCCAACACACCCAGAUUUCAUCCAACGCAACCGCAAUCAAGUACUACGUUACAAGACACACGACAUAAUAGUUUGAAUGAAAACUUAUUAGAAAAUACCAACUUUACCAAAUUUAAAAAUUCAAUAUUGUUGCCAGCAGCAAAAUGGGCGUAUACGCCUAUUACAAAGAUGCAAAAGAAACUGAAGUGUAAACCAAGUGAACAUGAUGGGUACAAGAUUGAAUACUCGAUUUUCCAACCACCAGAGGGAAUAGGUAAGUUGCUCACUCAAGAAGAAAUUUCCAAUCACUUUCGAAGUACACAAGAUGACCUGGAUUAUGCUCAACUUCCUGAAAACUACGUCACUGAGCUUGAUUUUGAAAAAUUGAUCAAAGAAGUAAAAGACGUAAUCGAAAAUGAUCAUGUGUAUCCUGAACGUAUCAUGACAGGAUCAUCGGGUAGUUACUUUGUAUUUGGCAAAAUUGAACUAGGGUCGUCGUUAUAUGAAAAAGUUGGUGUGUUUAAACCCAAAAGUGAAGAACCAUAUGGUCCUCUACUGCCUAAAUGGACCAAGUGGCUUCAUCGCACUUUUUUUCCUUGUUGUUUUGGCCGUAGUUGUCUUAUUCCUAAUCUCGGAUAUAUCAGUGAAGCUGCUGCUUCUGUAUUAGAUUGUCAAUUACAGUCAUAUAUCGUACCGUAUACGGCAGUGGUUAGAUUACGAGCGCCUACCUUUUAUUACAAGUUCUGGGAUAAAUCAGAUGAUGUAACUAAACUACUGUACAAGAUAGGAUCAUUUCAAAUGUUUUUACAUGGGUAUGUGAAUGCAGAUUUAUUUUUCAAGAUGUAUCCAAUACCAACAGAUGAGCACCUUUUGCCAAAAUCGCUGGAUGUUGAAGUCGACAUUGAUGAAGAUGUACUUGGCAACAAAUUUCAAUGGAGUCGUGACACGAUGCGCCAGUUUAGAGAGGAGUUAGAAAAGAUGGUCAUAUUAGAUUACUUGAUGAGAAAUACUGAUAGAGGAAUGGAUAAUUGGAUGAUUAAAUUGGAGUGGCAUGUGAUACAUAGACUGCAAGAUAUCAAGAUAAUGCAUCCAGUUUUGAAAAUUGGAGCAAUUGAUUCAGGAUUGGCCUUUCCAUGGAAACAUCCUAAUGAAUGGAGAUCAUUCCCAUUUGGGUGGUUGUUUCUCCCGUUAUCAUUGAUUGGACAACCCUUCAGUAAAAAAACAAGACAACAUUAUUUACCCUUAUUAACUUCGAAAUUAUGGUGGGAGUCCACUGUGGUUAACCUAAAGCAAGUUUUUAUGAAGGACAAUGAUUUCAAAGAACGAUUGUGGAAUAAGCAAUUGGCGGUGUUGAAAGGGCAAGCAUUCAAUGUAGUUGAGACGUUAAAAUUGGACUUUGCUGGGCCAUUGGAGUUGACACGAUGUCAAAAUUUGUUAGUAUUUGAUGAUCUAAUGUACAUUCCAAGACAAGAGCCAGGAGCAAGGAGAAGAAGCUUUCCAUUAAUGUAUUCGUCUUGUUAUGAGUCCGAUGUUCAAGAUGGUCACAGGUAUUUAUCACAAUUAGGUGAGACUCCUUCAGAAGAUUUGCACGAGGAUGAAAAUGAACAUACCCCAUUGCUAGCCCCAUUGAAUGUGAAUGGGAGUGCAAGCAGUCUGCAAGUGAUUUCAUCUCCUCUGCAAACAGGAGAUAGUGGGCCUGUACCUUAUGAAUCUGGAUACUCUCGUAUAAAUAGUGUGCAUGGUGAAGCUCCUCCAGAGAUAGGUACAAAAGUGGUUAUUGAACGAUUGGUCAAAGAGCAUUCAAAUCCACCUGUAUUCACGUGGUGUUGA